AUGGCUGCAGAAGUUCCGCUUCCGAUCCCAAUCUCCUUCGUGUCUGGCCGCUAUCUAAUUUUCUCGGCUGAUGCUGCCACGUAUUUAAGAAGAGAAUAUAAUAUAUGUGGUGUUUUGAUGGGCACUUUACCCCAUGUCCCGCAACAAAAUGUUUUCCUUGGUAUUCCCUUGGAGCUCAUGCCUGAGGAAGCAAGACUCUUGGUAGAGAAAAAAGUAGCCCGAAUUAUUGAUACUCGAAGAUAUCACAAUGAAAGUAUGCGAUCACUCGCCGAAGCAGAUAAAAUCAAGUACUUGCAGACCCUUCAAAGAGAAGGACGGAGUGUGUCUCUGGCAAUGUCGAAUAGGAAGGAGCAGCAGCGUGAAGAAUCCUUGCGAAAGGCAGCACAGAAGAGAAAAGCGAAAGCAUCUUCGACGCAAAAGGAAGAAGAAGAAGCAGCAAAGAACACGGACGAUAUGCUGUUUGAGCCUCCACCGCGACCGGCUAGUUCGUUGUCAAGUUCUAGCUCUUCUGUUCAGUCAUCGACAAUAAGCAUUACACCUGCAACCACAUGCCCUCUUCUACCCUACCAGCCUGCUGAAGAAUAUGAUAUGCCUUUGCCGGAAGUACCUGCCUCUUAUCCGGUGUUUGCUCACCUUCAUUCACAUGGAUACUUCCUUUCACCUGGCCUGAGAUUCGGAUGUCAAUACAUGGCUUACCCCGGCGAUCCGCUGCGGUUCCAUUCACACUUUCUCGUGUACGGAUUCCACAGAGACCAGGAGCUGAAUCUUAUGGAGAUUGUAUCCGGUGGUCGACUUGGUACUGGUGUCAAGAAAGGGUUUCUCCUAGGGCAUGCCGUCGACCCAGGUGAUCCUUCUUCUGAGGUUCGUACGUUCAGUAUUGAGUGGGCAGGGAUACGUGAACUCGAGGCAUGCUCAUUGCUCCCGGACAACGCUCUGUGCGCGUGGACAACAGGACUUCAAUGCUCGACUUCUAGCUUUGCAAUCGCCUCGCCCAAGCAUUGUCUCUACACACUAAGUGAAGCAGUCUAUGCUCAGCCAUAA